UAGGCACUUCUCUAAAGGAGUGUUGUGGAAUAGCCAUCUUCCAUGUGCUGAAGAGGAGGUUUCGCAUACCAGGCAAAACGGCCCCUGAACUUGAAGAGGAAUUGAAAACAACUAGAAUGUUGAUAGAAUCGAAUUGGAAUGUUGAACUUUCCCAUGCAGCCUCAUCUUGUCUUCAACAAAAUAACAUGAGCAAAAUUACUAUUGUGCCACUGGCAAGUGACCUAAAAAAAUUUAGAGAUUAUCUAAUUGCCAAAGGGGAUAAAGCAGUAGAAAUGCUUGAGAUUGACUCAAAUAAUAAGUUAGCUUACAAAACUUUGAGUGAGGUCAUCUAUUGCAGAGUGAUGCUAUUAUGUAGGAAAAGGGUGGGUGAGCUUCAAAGGCUCACUGUGGAGCUCUACCAAUCAGUAAAAAUUGAUUCAUCCUAUGAAGAAUUUGAGGAUGUGAUAAAGCCGUCUGAAAGAAUACUUUUGCAAAAAUUCAAGAGAGUAGUAAUACCGGGAAAGAGAAGAACCACUCCGGUAUUAUUUUCUCCUGAUGUUCAGGGAAAAAUAAAAGUUCUGAUUAAAUUCAGGGACAACUUUGUAAGGGAAACUAAUCCUUACCUGUUCCCGACACUUGCAUAUGACAGCCCAAUUGUUGGGUAUAAAGUUUUGAAAGACCAUGCAAAUAGAGCUAACCUGAAGACACCCGACGCAUUUUCGUCGAAAUCUUUGAGGAAGCAUUUAGCAACUAUUUCACAGCUGUUUGAUAUGAGUGAUCAAGAUGUCGAACAGCUGUCCUCGUUCAUGGGUCAUACAGUGAACAUUCAUCGAAAUGAAUACCGAUUACCCGACAAUGUAUUUCAAACCUCGAAGAUUGCGAAGCUAUUGUUAGCUAUGGAGAAGGGAGAAGCUUCCAAAUACAAGGGGCUCACCCUCGACGAGAUAGAUGUUAAUCUUGAAGACAAUUUGUUAGAGGAGCAGGAGCAUGCUGAAUCGUCAGGUGAAGAAGAAGUUGACAACUUUGAAGAUGAAGUAUUAUUGAAUGAGGAAAAUUCUCCAAAAGCAUGCCCCCUCAAAAUCUUAAAAAUCCUCAAUUCACCUUCAAAAUCCAAAGCCAAGAGAGAAUUCGUAAAAUGGGAGGAUGAAGAAAAGAGGAUUGUCGCAGCUUUCUUUUCAUCCCAUAUAAAAGAUAAAAUUCCUCCAAAGAAAAGAGAGUGUGAACUACUAAUUGAGAAAAACCCUAUCCUACAAACUAAAACAUGGGUUAAAGUAAAAGUUUUUGUUCAGAAUAUGUACACAAAAAAAAUUUAAGUACCGAAAACAUAAUUCACAUUGUCAUUUCAAUUUUUAUCUCUAUUAUAUAUCGCUUCAUUAUAAUUAUCUCCAGUAUAUUAUCUCACGGUACCAGUAUUCUAUUUCUAUUGUUUUACAAAAUGUUGAUGACAUUCAUUUUAUUUUACAAAUUGACUACAGUAUUCUCAUUUUCUGGAUUCAAAGUGAUUGCAACGCUGAAUCAAGUAAUAGACUAUUGUUAAUUCAGGAAAAAUACUGUAAUAGAAUCUGAAUCUGAAUAGGCUACUAAAAUAGAAUCACUUUAAUACUUUUAUCAAUCUACUUA